CGGGCCGACCCGCUCUGCGCGGAGCCUGCGCGGUGCCGCCGGGCACGGCGGGGCGAUGGGCGAGCGACGCUGAGCGCCAUGCGGGGCUCCGAGCCCAUGCCCGGCUACGGGCAGCUGCUGCGGCGCGGAUACGGCAGCCUGGCGGCGGCCGCGCGGGGCUGCGCGGACUGCGGCUGGGAGCUGUCGAGGAGGACGUGGGCCGAGAACGCGCACCUGCGCUGGGGAGAAGUGCUGCUGUGCGGGCUGUGCGCGCUGGGUUGGACCGUGCUGCGCCGCGCCGCCGCCCGCCGCGUCUUUCGGCCCUUCGGUGAGUGGUGCAAGCUGCAGCCAAAAGAUGCUGCCAAGAUGCCUGAGAGUGCCUGGAAGCUGCUUUUCUACACAAUAUCCUGGUCCUAUGGCUGCUACCUGCUGUUCUUCACUGACUACCCCUUCUUCUACGACCCACCGUCCGUUUUUUAUGACUGGAAGAAGGGCAUGGAUGUGCCCACAGACAUCGCUAUCGCCUACCUGUUGCAGUGCAGCUUCUAUGGGCACUCCAUCUAUGCCACUGCCUACAUGGACACGUGGCGCAAGGACUCCGUUGUCAUGCUGCUCCACCACGUGGUUGCUCUGACCCUUAUAGCCUUCUCCUACGCUUUCAGGUACCACAACGUGGGCAUCCUCGUGCUCUUCCUGCAUGAUAUUAAUGACGUGCAGCUGGAAUUCACUAAGCUCAAUGUCUACUUCAAGCACCGGGGGGGUGUCUACCAUCGGCUCAACGACAUCAUCUCCAACAUUGGCUGCCUCACCUUCAGUGUCAGCUGGUUUUGGUUCCGUCUCUACUGGUUUCCCCUCAAGGUGCUCUACGCCACUUGCUACUCCAGCCUCCAGUCGGUUCCUAAUAUCCCCUUCUAUUUCUUCUUCAAUGCUCUGCUCCUUGUCCUCACUCUGAUGAACAUCUACUGGUUUCUGUACAUCGUCCUGUUUGUGGCCAAGGUGCUGAUGGGGCAGGUGCACGAGGUGAAUGACGUGCGCGAGUACGAUGUGGAGGACAGCAAGAAAACCACAGCGGGCAAGAAGAAAGAGAGUGGGCUCCAGCUGCCCAGUGCUCUGAAAGAAGGGAUGCACCUGAAGAACGGACUUGUGAAAGACAAGCGGUUAUAAGAGCGUGGCUGCUGCAGCCUGGCUGGAUCUGGGGACUGAGCCAGGACCCUACGCUCAAUCCCAGCAAAUGA